AUGUGCUUCCCCAAGAGUUGGUGCAGCAGAUCGAAAAUGUUGCUGCAGCCUUCGGCAAGGUUUGCUGCUGCUGCUGCUGCUGUAGUAGUAGUAGCAGCUGUAAAGCUGGUACUGAAUGAAAGUCGCUACUUCAUCGAGUCUGCCAGCAAGGAUGAGUUGGAUCAUCUUCUGUCAAAUCCGCAGUUUCGCAGUGCCUCUUUGCUGCCGCAGCAGCAGCAGCAGCAGCAGCUCAUGCGUCUGGUGCAGCAGCAGCCCACGGGGAGCUCCGACUCCGCCGAGCAGCAGCAGCAGCAGCAGCAGCAGCAGCAGCAGGAAAAUAUCUACUUGACGAGCAGCGCGCCCACGCUCGAUGCUUCGCAGCUGGCCUUUGUGACAUCGGAGCCAGAUGAAGCAGCAGCAGCAGACAGCAGCAGCAGCAGCAGCAGCAGCAGCAGCAUGUCAGACGUCAAGACGGAGCCUGGUGCUAAGGGUGGGCAGCAGCAGCAGCAAAAGGGCAACAAUGAGCGCCAAGUGACUGCUGCCUCUCUCUUGUGCCUUUUUCUUCCUUUUUAA